UCACUGGUGAGCACAGUAAUCUUGUUGUUAAGAUCUGAAAUUAUCUUAUUCACUUCAUCAAGUUUCUUUGUCAGGUAGGUACAGUUUUUUUUGUUGCUGAUGCUUCUUUCGGGGGGGGGGGGGGGGACAAGAAGCUUCUUCCUGCUUGUGCCUUGCUGAUUUCUUGAGCUCCUCAAGGGGUGCAACUUUCAAAUCAGUUCCUAGAAAUUUUUACUUGAUGGAAGAGGAGGAGCUACUAUCGUUGACCCUUGAAGAGGAGGAGGAGCUACUGUUGCCAAUGCUUUUUUCUUCUUGUUGAAGCCAGUGUGAAGAGUGCUUUGUUGCACUCUGGCUCUGCUGAAUUGAAGAUGACUUGGCACUCUAAUGCCAAAGAUGGUUCAUCUUGAGUUUCUCUGGCACAUUUGCAUCAGACGCCAGCACAGUACAGCAGCAACACCAAUUAUCAUGAGGAGUAAACUUGUCAGCAUCCUUGUGUCCAGCUUCUUUUGCAACUUCCUUUAUCCACUUCCUUACUGUAUCUUGGCAGACCAACAUUGCUGCCUCCAAGUAAUAUGGAUUGUCCUUGGAUCUGUUUUCUCUCCCACAGCAAAGGAGCCUCUGUUGAUUUGGAUGGCAUUGAUCCCAAAAGUUGUUGAGAAGCUUGACAAUACAGUAUGGAUUAAUUUUGUCCUCAACUGCCAUUGGGAACACCUUAUUCACAGUUGGAUUGCUCAAACUGAGCUGAUUCCCCUUGUCAAAGUCUCCACCAAGGGGAAUGAUGACAUAUUGAUUGCUCUCUAUUUUUCCAUGGGAGAAGCUUCCAAGCUUAUUAAAUUGCCAUUCAAGGAAGACAAUUUCAUCCCCCCCCCUGAGUCCAAACUGUAUUCCAAGCUCCAUUGUGCUUAUCUUCAGCAGGUCUUGCAUGUUUUUGUAAGGCUUGCACACACUGGUUUCAAGCAAGUUCAUAAACUUGGCAUCCCCAAACUCAUCAAAUGCAGCCAUUGUCCUCUUUGUUCCUAGUAGUGUUGGAUCUGCAGCUUGCUUCUUGUUGAAGUCAAGCUUAACAGCACUAAGGAAUGGCCCUUCCCUUUGAAAUCAGCUUCAUUGAACUGAAUCCCCUUCUUGGUAGAAGGCAGAGAAGAGCACAUGGACAUACACUGAAUGAGUAUUUGUAUCCAGUGGAUCUUGAAUCUUUGCAUUCUUGAUAUUGAGUGUCCAUAUUAUGAGGGCUUCUUGAUUCAUUAGAGUUUUCUUGAGGGCAUCCAAUUUACCACCCACACUCUUGUAGAAUAAACAGUCUUCAGUUAAUUGAUCAUUCAUAGGAACCUUCUUGGUGAACAUCUCAUACAUCACUUUGUCUCCUGGAGUGAUGGGGGCACAGGAGCCCACAGUGAUCCCUUGGUUGGAGGAUACUGAUUCAUUCAAGUUGGAUGACUUGGAUGAUCCUGAUGUGGAGGAUCCUACUGUGACGGAUUCACCAAACACUGCAACAAGCACAGCAGCUAGCUGGGCUGCUGGGAAUGUUGCAGCACCUAAUACAAACAAAGCUUCAGAAGCAGCUAACACUGAGGACGCAGCUUAAGCUGCAACCACAGUCAACAUUGCUUCAAAGCAUCCUCAGGAUGCUUUUUUGGCAGCCUCUGGAGCUGCCUCCGCAGCUCCAAUGAAAACAACAUCUCCAGAGGCUCGCCCGGCGCCUCCUUUGAAGACUUGCUCCUCUGCCCCUUCAAGACAAUUGCAUUUAAGGGCUUGUGUCGCUGAGGCUUCUUUGCAUGCAACUAUUGCUGCUGGAGAGGCUUCUGCUGAGGCUUUUUUGAAUACAGCAACCAUCGCUACUAUGACACCUUGCUCGGCACCAACUUUGGAGGCUCAUUUGGAGGCUCCUUUGUCUGCAGCAAAUAAUGCUGAUUCAAUGCCUUGCACACUGCCUCAUUUUGAGGCUCAGUUCACACUGCCAAGGCAAUUGACUACUACAUAAUUGGAUUUAAGGGUUUGGGCUAAGAGAUGUGGACAACAACAGAGAUGGAAGAGAAGGAAUGAGGCCCAUUAUCAUCCAGAGGCUGAAAUCAGGACUGUGGAAGAGGUGCAGGCAAUCAAUGCGGAGAGAACGGUAACAAGGGCAGCUCCCCCUCUGCAACAUGCCAACACACCAAGGCCUCCAGAGUCACCACCUUCUACUCAUACCACCACAAUUUGGCCGGAUCUUCCAGUUCCAGAUGAGGGGGCAGACCUCCCAGAAUACGUGCUCACUGAGGCAGAUUCCAAACUGAAGGAAAUCUAUGGAGAUCACGUUCACAGCAACCCCGGCACUCACCUCACUGGUGCUAUUGCUGAUGAUGCAGCAAUGGAAACAGAUUGUCAAUCAACAUCAGACCAAGAUGGUACCUAGUCCCAGAGAACCACGUGGGGAGAAUGUUUCUCCAGAGAUUUUGCGCAGAGCUGAGGAGAGGAGUGCGUUUGAGAGGAGAGUGGAAUUCCAAGCGUCACCUGGUAUUUGUGGCAGUUAUCCUGCAGGAAGCACAUGGAGUGAAAAAGGCUAGUGACAUCCAAAGCCUAAUGGAACAAUGGAUAAACCAUUGGGACGCCGGAAACUAUGGUCCUCUCAUACUAGAUGACCUUGUUGAUGCCCAAGCCCAUCUUCGUGAUGGACCUACUAGUACUAGUACUACUAGUAGUAGUACUAGUAUCACCCCCAAGACCAAUGACCAAGCUUUUCAGGCCUUCAACAACAAGCUGCUGUUGGGUUGCAGCUUGAGAUGUGUGUACUUACGUCACAAGCAAAAAAUAACUGGUGUUUGUUUGUGUUAGUUUUUUGUACCAGUGAAUUAAUAGAGCUUGUGUGCUGGUUACGUGUAAUAGAGAAGCUGCUAGUACUUGUUUUCGGUUACGAUCUACUUCUACCAUAUACGUACCACUUCUACUAGUAGGCACGUCUGGUCGGACAAAAUAGGGUUUUGAGUUUUCGGGAAUGACACACCGAUUACUCUAACUCGUGAUUGAAUCUUCUCCAACCAUUGCUCACUGUGGGGAGUUUCCCGUUCUCUGAUGAAAUGAAAAAACAACAAAUCAAAACAAGCAAUACAAAAGAAUAAUACUACCGGUAAUGUGCGCUACCGUACAUAAGGUACCGUACUCUGCUAAAUUGUACGUAAUCAUUGAUCUGUUGUUAAAGAAUUCUACUCCCAAAUUACGGAAACAGGUUCGAUUGCUGUGGAAGUCUGAGUAUUGGAAACCUGUGCUCAACAUACACUUUUGUUUGGUCAACCUGCAAUCUCGGUGAUUUUAUUCACUACGACUCAGACAACCCAAUAGCUUUUUUCACGAUACAAAAAUUGAUCAAUAUAAGAGCAAUGCCUAGGUCGGAACCCCGUCGUCGGGGACGGAACAAAGGAGAUGAUACGAGGGAUUCUGCUGGGUCCCCAUCAAAGACUUCCAAUGGAAGUAGCAUGUCGAGCUUUCGAGCUCCAUUGAUUCAAUGGUCCGAAGAAGCUUCUACCUGGUAUGAGUAUGGGAAGGACCUCCCUGGAAGAGACGAUGUUCUAGAGACAAUGUCCCAGACUUCACCAGCACUGAUUCGGCGCUACCGAUCUAUCGCCGAUUCGAUUUUUGCAAACGAGCUGAGACUCUACAAACAAAGCAACACAUCAUCUUCGGACGAGCAAUGGGUCGAAAAUACGAUUAGAAAAGGUACAUUGAAGGAUAGAAUUGCUGCAAUGAGCGUCACAUUAUCUACGGACCCCGUUCAUAAGUUCUAUGCUUUGGAUGGAUUGAUGAGCAUGGUUGGAUGUUCAUCCUCGUCCAAUGAAGGUGGGAAGACGAAUUCUCGUGUAGCUCAGUUAACUUCGGAGGCAUUAGAAGAUUUAUUCAUCAAUACACUACUGCCUCCAAAUCGGAAACUUCUCACAUUGGCCCAGCGUCCACUAUCUCGGUAUGAAGAUAAGGGAGAUGGGAGUGAUCUCAUGGGCCACGAGGCGGGAAAUGGUAAAAAGAAGAAGAGCAAAUCGUCCAAGGGGAAAAAAUCGCUCUCUCCUCGGAUAUUAUUAUUGUGGAGAUUUGAAGAGAUGGUAAAGGAGAAGUACGAGUUGUAUCUUCGCCAGUACAUGGCCCAAACAUUGCAAGAUGGAGUUCAACUGCAAAAAAUAGCGACCUUGCGAUCGGCAGGAAAUCUCUUGGCGUCGAUGCCAGAAGGAGAAGUCCAGCUUCUAAAUAUGAUGGUAAAUAAGCUUGGAGACCCCGACAAGAAGACUGCCGCAGCGGCUGGACAUCAAUUAAGGCUCGUCCUGCAACAGCAUUCGAACAUGCAAAACAUUGUAGCUCGUGAAGUGCAACAACUGGCCCAUCGUCCACAAUUGGCUCCGAAAGCGCUCUACAACUGUAUUGUUUUUUUGAAUCAGCUUCAACUCAAACGUUCCGAACCAAUCGAUGACAGUACCAACGCAAACGCUUUGCAAACCUAUUCCUUACCUGCUUCUUUAAUCAAGACAUACUUCCGGCUAUUUGAAGUGGCAGUUCAACAAAACAAGAAGUCGUCGUCAAAAACUGAAUCCGCCGGCACAAUGAAAAGUCGUUUGCUAUCAGCUCUCUUGACAGGUGUCAAUCGUGCACACCCAUACCUCCCGGAAAAAGACAAAGAUAUGGAAGAGCAUGUGGAUGCCUUGUACCGCAUAGUGCAUACAGCCCCGCCAGCAGCUUGCACUCAGGCACUCAUGCUUUUGUUCCAUUUGGCAGUCGGAUCAAAAGUAGAAAUUGAAAGCUACGAAGAAGAUCAAAAGAGCGAAGAUCAAAUGGGACAGAAAUUGCGUCAAAAGGACCGUUUCUACCGAGCUUUGUAUUCCACACUGGGGAGGAGAGAAAUGGUAUCGAGCGGAAAGCAUCUGACGAUGUAUUUUAAUGUCUUGUAUAAGGCCAUGAAAUAUGACUCUAAUAUCAAUCGAGUCCAUUCGUUUGCAAAGCGUCUAUUAUUGGCUGUAAUGCACGCUCCUGCCCCAUUGAUUGCUGCGAGUGCAUAUUUGCUUCAAGAAAUUUCUAUUGCCCACGAAGGACUCUGUCAGUCAUGGGAAGAGAUUCCGGAUCCCGAGAGUGACUCUUACCUAGUCCUUGAUGACAGCAAGAGAGAACCUAAAGCUGGUAUUGUCAACUUCAAUGAUGAAAAUACUGGUGGACAUCGGAAAGACACGCCACAAGGUGAAGAAGUACUGCCUCAAGGUAAUCCACCCUGCUGGGAAAUUUCCCUGUUGGCUCAUCAUUUUCACCCUUCUGUUUCCAAAUUUGUAAACGACAUAGGUAAGAUUGAUUACGGUGGCGAUCCUCUUCAAGAUUUUGGUUUGGCGCCAUUUUUGGACAAGUUUGCAUACCGGAAUCCAAAAUCUCAAGAAAAACUGAAACAAAAGAGACAGCUAACUGGCAGUCGAACUGGUAACCGCAGAUCCUCGAAUUUGAAGGUGAGAUUGGAAUUGCCGAUGAACGAUCCCAGCUUUUUGGAAAAGACCGACGUCAAUGAACAAGACGCAUUCUUCCAUCAUUUCUUCAUGGAGCGAGCUCGCCGGGAUGAAUUAAAAGGAAUCACACGAAACAAAACACAAUCCACAGGCGCCGAGGAUUCCGAUGACGACAGUAUGGACGCGGCUCAGGAUCAAGCCUUUGAUACUGCCGAGGUAUCUGGGGGCUUGGAUUCAGGAGGUAAAUCGUUUGAGGAGUAUGAAGCAAUGUGGGAGACGGAUGAUGAGGAAGAAGCGUUCGUUGACUCUCUGGCAAUGUCUCUGAUGGAAGAUGCUGCUGGUGGUCCAGCAGAUAUCGACGACGACCCAGUAGAUAUCGACGGGUGGGGAGAUUUGUAUGCUGAUGAAUCAGACGAAAAGGGCGACGAAUCGGAUGAUGAAUCUGAGAAGGGAAACGAUAGAGAUAAGAAAGGCAAAAAUUCCUCAAAUAGAAAACCUCUUGGCGAAGACUCCGAUGAAGAUGCUUUCAUGGAAGAAGCAGACUCAGAUUCUGAUUCAAAAAGUGAUGAAGAAGAAAUUGACAUUGAUGAAGAGGCACUAAUUGCUGGGGCUGGGGCUAUUGAUGAAGAAGGAGACAAGAGCCAUGACGACGACGAUGAAGACGAACUCGGGAUGUUCCUCAUCGAUGACGAAAGCGAUGACGAGGAAGACGAGCCUGCGCCUGCAACUAAGUCUGAAAAGAAACGAAAGAAAGGGGCUGCUGACCUCUCUAUUUUUGCCGAUGCUGACGACUACGAAGCAAUGAUAGACAAAAGUUUCAACGAGUUGAAAGAUGGCGCGCAAAAGGAGCUGAAUGCUAUCGAACACAAAACAUCAGAAAACGAGUCUUCGCCUUCAAAAAAUAAGAAAUCGAAGUCGAGAAAAAAGAGGAAAAAAUCAUUUUAAGAGGCAACUAACUAUGUAAUUGUUUCAAUUGGUUGUGACUAUUUCUUCUGAUAUUGAUAUGAUUGUACUGCAUUUCUUAGGUCUACAUGUUUUGUUUGCCUUCAAAUGGAUUUGCUACAUCACCCUCCCUUCAAUGUGUCAUCUUGAAUCUCUGAUCAAUAAAACAAAAUACUUAAAUUGAG